AUGUCGUUGUUCAAGGCUCGCGACUGGUGGUCAACUUCUGUUGGCGAAGCUGAAGAAUUCGGACCAGGCUGCCUUUGUGUGGCCAAUAUUGAUAAUGGUUCUGAUGGACUGGACAAAAUCAUCACAGGAAGUUAUCAGGGAAUCUUGCGAGUAUAUAAUCCACGUCCCACCAAACAGGAGGAUGGGUGGUCUGGCUACCGACCAGAAGAUGUUCUGCUCGAGUCAUCACUACCAAACCCGAUUCUACAAGUGGAGGCAGGAGUCUUUGCCUCGGGAUCUGAUCUUCUCCACUUAGCUGUUCUACAUUCAAGAAAGUUAGCAGUGUAUAGUGUUUCAGUAAUGACAGGGGCUGUAGACCAUGGCCGUCAGUAUCAACUGAAGAAAACCUAUGAGCAUAAUCUACAGAGAGCUGCUUUUAAUCUCUGUUAUGGUCCGUUUGGAUCAGUGAGAGGAAAAGACUUUAUAUGUGUGCAAUCCAUGGAUGGAACAGUGUCCAUUUUUGAGCAGGAAAGUUUCUCGUUUAGUCGGUUCCUACCAGGAGCACUGUUACCUGGACCGAUCAAAUACAUUUCUAAACUGGACAGUUUUGUCACAGCCUCAUCGUCCUGGCAGUUAGAAUGUUACAAAUAUCAGGUGUUAGCCGUGGCAACAGAUUCCAAGACGAAAGAAGAAUCUCAAAGCAUGAAGUCUGGAAAACGGGUGAAUUAUGACUGGUGUUUUAAUAUUGGUGAACAGGCAGUGGACAUCUUUGUGACACAAUUCCAACAAAAUGCUCCACAAACUAUAUUAGUUUUAGGAGAAAGGAAUAUAUUUUGUUUAACAGAAACUGGUAAACUUAGAUUUAUGAAGAAGAUGGAGUGUGACCCCAGUUGUUUCCUUCCCUAUGCUUCAGUCAGUGAUGGAGGUGUUAAUUAUCUGGUGGGUUCACACACCAAGUCCUUAAUGGUGUACCAGGACUGUACACUGAAAUGGGCCGCCAAGCUUGACAACAUACCAACACAAGUGUGUGUCGGCACAUUUUCAGACCUGAAAGGUGUGAUUGUGACACUGAGUGAUGACGGAAGAUUGGAGUGCUCUUACCUGGGGACAGACCCUGCACUGUUUAUUCCUCCGACUACUGAGGCACGAGAACUGAACUACCCCGAUAUGGACCGAGAAAUGGCCCUGCUGCAGAGAAAAAUCAAACAACUUGCAAACAAAUCGGUGAUUGUGCCAAAUGUUAAGCAAGAAGAUGACCUCACAAUUUCAUGUCAGGUCAACUCUAGUCUAGACGAGAUAUCAGUUGCCACAGGUAUGGAAUAUGAUGAUGCUGAAGGAGUACCAUCUAUCACAGUUAGAGUCCAGCUUAAGUCACGACUACUUCUGGAGAAGAUAAAAGUGGUAGUACAUGUAGACUUCCCUUUGGCCACCAAUUCCCAGACAUUUGAGGUAUCAGAUGUUGAUCCCAAUAAACCCUCGGAACAUUUUGUGUCAUUCUUUGUUCAGGGAAAAGGACUCCCUACCACAUUAACGGCGACAAUAUCCGCAAAUUAUAUCAGUGCUUCAGGAGCACCAAGAAUAGCCACAGGGAAAGUCAAGCUCCCCAUCAGACUAGUAGUGAAGCCAGUUUUACCAGUAAAGAAUGCUGAACACAAGAUUACUCUAGAUUCAAACAAACCUCCUGCAAAUCUUUUAGACAUUUUCUCAGAUUUAGCAGGAGAGAAUGCAGGGGGACAGGGAGCUGCUUUAGGCUUCCAGUAUUAUGGUGGGCCUAUUGUUACAGUACUCGCCUCUAAAACCUCACAGCGCUACAGACUACAGUGUGACAAGUUUGAAGGCUUAUGGUUGGUUACCAAGGAGAUGGUCGGUCGCCUUAACAACCACUUUAAUAAGGGCAAGGUCGGUGGUUACUCAAUGUACUACUCCUCACAGCUCCCCCUACAGGAAUACUUUGACCUCAUUGACAGCCAUUUUGAGCAUCGCCUGAAUGCAAAGCGAUGUAGUGAGAUGCUGGCUCAACGAGCGUCACAAUUCCGUGCAAUACAGCGUCGACUUCUAACGCGAUUCAAAGAUAAAACCCCAGCCCCUCUUGGCAACCUAGAUACCUUGUUAGAAGGAACCUACAGACAGUUGUUACAUCUGGCGGAUGCCGUUGAAGACAACAGUAAAUCACAAGAUAUGGCUGCAAACUCCCUCAACUGUGGGACACACCUUUUCAACCUCCUCAUACGACUUUGGACCAGUAUGUCUGAUGACGAGUUUAAAGUUCUACAACAGACCAUCACUCCAAUUGUACCCAGUUCUCAGGACCAGGGCUGGGAGGAGUCUGUUGAUGCAUCCGUGACACACCUCCUUCGUACAACGUUAGCAAAGUCUGCCAAAGACCAGACUUUAAAUCCUCAGCCGUUACAAAUGCCGGAGGACACCAACAAAGUCAAGAAACACAUUGCUCUUAUGUGUGACAAGUUAGGAAAGGGUGCAAGACUUGUGGAGGGCAUGCCUACAAAUACAGCAGUGAAUAUGGCACCUUCACCGCGAAAGGAAAAGAAGACCAAGAUCUCGGCCACAAGUAAAACUGUGAUGGAGAAUGGACACAUUGACACUAGUGAUGAUACAGAGACAUUGAUUGGUAGUCAGUUCGGUAAACAGAAACACAAACGGAAAGAGGCAGAUUCUCUGUCUUAUCCCAAUGGAAUGUCGGAGUUACCUACUCUUGGAUUACCGGUGGAAAAUCGACCAGAUGAGGGAAUGGAGAUUCAGAAGAAGAAGCAGAUUGAGGCCAUGGUCCCAGAUUUGGAUGACAUGGAGGAACAGAUGGAAGGACCUGGGUUAGUGCCUUUAGAAGACUGAAGAACAUCAAGACUCACAGCAUCACUGGGCAUGGUCUAUCUACCAAGGAAUGAAAGUCAACAAGGUGAAGAGUGAUUGUAAUUCAUCGCCUUCAGAUCAAGAGGGAAACACAAAUCCUUGUCACGGUGGAGAUGAUACCUCCAUCUAAUGGUACAAUUUGGCAUCCUUCUCAAGUGACAUUUCCAGGAAAGGAGUGUGGCAUUCUUCCCAGUUUUGAAUCCAUGAAAGGAUAUUGGCAUCCUUCUCAGUGAUGAUGCAUUGUGGGGAAUAUGGCAUCGUUCCAAGUGAUGAUUCCAUGUGAUGAUGCAUUAUGGGGGAAAUGGCAUCCUUCCUAGUGCUGAUGCAUUAUAGGGGAAAUGGCAUCCUUCCUAGUGAUGAUGCAUUAUGGGGGAAAUGGCAUCCUUCCUAGUGCUGAUGCAUUAUGGGGGAAAUGGCAUUCUUCCUAGUGCUGAUGCAUUAUUGGGGAAAUGGCAUCCUUCCUACUGCUGAUGCAUUAUGGGGGAAAUGGCAUCCUUCCUAGUGCUGAUGCAUUGUAAGGAAAGUGGCAUGUUUCCUAGUGACAAUUCGUUGUUGGGAAAAUGGCAUCCUUCCUAGUGACAAUGCUUUGUUGGGAAAGUGGCAUCCUAGUGAUGAUGCAUUGUGAGGGAGAGUGCCAUCCAUCCCCGUUGUGCUACAAUGACAACUCCCAGGAUUUUUGUGUGUCAACCGUCCUCAAUUUUUUGUCCAUGUUGAUGUUUAUUUACAUAUGUAUGCCACAAGGUAUUUUGUCUGUCAUUGUUUCGUCCAGAUGUCGAUUUCCGUCCAUUGAGUUUCGUCAUUGCAUGAGACUCCCUGCCAAAUAAUAUAGUGUUAUUUUUGUCCAGUGUACCAUAAUUUAUCAACAUUUAUUAAAACAAGUUUACUUGAAAAAAAAAAUGAAAAAAAAGGUGAUAAAAUGUGAGUAUUACUCCACCACGGUGCAACGCUUGGUAUAUUUGUGUCGUAUUUAAGCACAAGUUAUUACAUAUUUUGUUACAAAUUUACAAAUGAAAUAUAACAAUGGUGUAUAGUUAUGAAAAGAUAAUUUAUUGUUGUAAGUGUGAUUAAGACUGAUGACAAGUGAGUUGUACUUAACACAGGGCAUUACAAUAUCAGAAUCAGCACUACUUCAGUAUUCAUUUAGCAUUACACUUAUGAAUUUCAAACUUUUGAUAAUUGCAAAAUAAAUUAGGGGAUCAUAUUUGAUAAUGAACUUAACUUUUUUCAGUUCACUUUUAUUUCUUAAAACUGAAAGAGACUUUCCACAGUGGAAUAAUGGAGAAAAAUGAAUAGAAACUAAACACUAUUAGAUUAACAUAAUGCUACUUUAUUAUGUACUUAAUACCUUGUAUUUAUUUGUGAUGAGUUACUUCCCUUUCUUACUCAGCAAAAUACAAGUAUUGGUAGUCUCUAGCAUAUUCAUCACAUCAGAAGUGGUUUCUGUUAAUAUCUGUAGAGGUUUAUCAGUUAUGUAAAAAAAGGGCAACUGUUAUAUAACCCACUUUAAAAAACAUUCAUAGCUAUAAAUUGUAUAAAAUUUUAUCUCCCUUUCAUAAUGUUUCAGCUUUUAUCUUAGAAAUGAGAUGUGGCACAGAGUGAAAUUUCAAAGACAAAAGCUGAAAAGUGAAACAUUCCAACUUGACUUUCAAAUAUCAUGAAAUUUGUCUUCAUUCAGUGUUAACAAGUUGUAUAUUGGAUGCAAAUCAUUUACAAGUUUGGACUUGUAUUGGAAAGGAGGUACAAAUAGCAACGUAGCAUACCUCCUUAAUUGUUUUGCUUAUAUACUUAUUUCAAUAAAGUCUAUUUGGAUUAAUAUGAAGCUAUUUUUUUUAAGAAAUCCUGUCUUCAUCCUUUAGAAAGUUGUGUGGCGCUGUCUGUUUAUAUUAAUUUUGUCAAAUUUACCACAAAAAUUGAAUGUUGCCUGACAUUACAGUAGAUUUCUGUAGCCCUGCAUAAUGUGUUGGUCUUGAAUGUUUUCCCCUCUGAAUGUAUCAGUUUAAACAGCUCAAAAAUUUGUGUUCAGGUACCACUAUAACAGAUUACCUUGUCUGUAUCUACAUUAAUGAUAAAUGUUUGGUUUUGAUUGCUUUCUCAUGUCAUGAUGUCCAUUUUUCAUGUUAUUUAUAAAAGAAAGAUCUGAUGCUUUUUUUUUUUGAUUUGCUGAAGUUACUGUUUUCUGCUACUUUUGUGAUUCACCUGACGGUAAAUGAGUUUAAGCCUAGCUGUCUUCCUUUCACAACAAGACAGACAUUUGGUUUUGAUAUAGAUAGUCUUAAGGAUUGUGUAAAUGAAUUAAGAAAACAUAUUUAUAAACUUUCAGGAUGAUUCUAUGAUCUGUUUUAUUGGAUGAAUGUUGAGAAUUAUAAUGUAUUGAAUAUAUUUCAUUUCUUACAUAGAUUAGAACUACCGUAAUUAUCCGGCAGUAAGCACAUUAAGCCCAUGCCUGGUAAUAAACCCACCCAUAUUUAAUUUAUUUAACUUUUACUCUGUUCUGUAAUAAUCCCACCCUCUGUGUUAAUGGAAGAAGUAAUACCGAUAUGUAUCGACCCCCGGGUUUAUUACAGAACAGUUCGGCACUGUUGCUACCGUACCUGGUUAUAUGGACAAGGAAGGUUAUUUUUUACCAUUAUACUUGUCUGAAAUUUGUUUUUACUUUAUGAAACAAGCACAAUAUUUCAAAAGCACCUAACUUGUACCUCAUUUAGUUCAAAUCAAAU